CAUCAUCAGAUCCCAAUUUCGGCGCGCAUCCCCUCCUUCUGCCAUGCCAGCGUCCCAGCAAUGAACAAUGUAUGGCCGGUAGCAUCACGGCUACCCAGCUCCUGCGCCUCCCUCCGCCCUCUCACCUCGACCCAAUCAUGGCCAUCAUCAUCCCUCCUCCGCACCGCGCGCCGCAGCUUCACCGUCCUCUCCCGAGCUCGCGAUAGCCCUAUACCCCACCCUAUCCAACCACCUCCGCGCCUCCAGACACCCCGAAAGUGGUCCAACAGCGCCCCAAAACUCUUUAGCACCACACUCGCCCUCGCGCGCAAAGCCCGCCCUCAACCUCCAUCUCUCUCGAAGCCAAAACCGAACCUGACGCCUAAAGCCAAAUCAGAACUCAAAGACCACGACGACUCUUACACCUACGAUGACUCUUACAUCACAUCCUCUCUCCCCUCUGGCCCGCUCCUACCAAAGGCAAUAAAGCAGCUUUUCCCAACCCUCUCAACCGUCAAUGGCAACCGCGUCCUCUCAAUUCUCCACACGCGGCGCUUGACCGGCUCCCUCGCCGAGCGGGGGAUCUCCGGCGUCGACGAAGCGCUGGGCCUCGAUCUCUCGGAUAUUUCGCAGGAGCAGAUGAUGCAGGCGCUGGAGUAUCUGCGGGCGAGUUUCCCGGUGGAUGAGGAAGCGGCGGCGGCGGAUUGGGCGGAGGCAGAGGCGGCAAGGAUAGAGCGAGAGGUGCUGGCCGCGAGGGGGGUGAAUUUGGGGCUGUUGAAGAAGGUGGAAUUGGACCCGGAAGUCGAGGAGCAGCAGAAUAGGGGAGAGGAGUGGGAGGGAAAGCAAUAUAUUGCCGUGAAAGUGAAGAAGGAGAGGGAGGCGAGAGGGAAUGCGGGCGGGCAGGGAACGGAGUAUGGGCGGGCGAAGUAUGGACGGAGUGUCUUUGAGACUGUGCGGAAGUCGAACGAGGCGAAUUGGGAGGCGGAGAAGGCGGAGAGAGAGAGGGUGAAGGCGAAGGAAGAGGCCAAGAUGAUUGCGGAGGGGAGGCAUCUGGGACCAAAGAGUUUGGUGCCGGGGAAGAAGUUUCUAGGGGUGGAGAUUAGAGAGAGUGGCAAAAAGUCAGAGUAUGUCAAGAAGUACGAGGAGAAGGCGCAAAGAAAGUGGAAAAAUGAACAAGAGAUGGAGCAGAGCUUGACUCUUGCCCAACGUCUCUGGCCCUCAGCCGCCUUCACCGCAGUUGUCUGCACUCUUUGCGGACUCUUUGCAACAAACUAUGAACCUCCUGAUAACACAGUCCGACUCUUCUCAGAUUUCACGCCCGCCCUCGCAACAUGUGGUGUUAUACUAGGCAUCAAUCUUGCUGUUUGGGUCGCGUGGAGGGUCCCUCGCUUCUGGCCUCUCUUGAACAAAUACAUGGUCUCAACUCCGGCCUACCCCGUUGCGUUCGCAACACUGGGGAAUAUUUUCAGUCAUCAAAGCUUCUCGCACUUGGCCCUCAACAUGACCUGGCUGAUGACGAUGGGCGUGUGGUGCCACGACCUCGUCGGCCGCGGCGUCUUCCUCAGCACCUACGUUGCUGCAGGCACAUGCGGCUCUCUCGCCUCCCUCACCUACUUCGUGCUGGCACGCAACUUUAAGUCGGCCUCAAUUGGUGCGUCAGGCGCUCUCAACGGCGUCCUCGCCCUUUUCUGUAUCGCGACCACCAGGGAUCACAUAAGGAUUCCAUUUACAGAUAUUGAAAGACCAGUGAAUCUGAAGAUGGUCUUAGCGGCCUUCUUGCUGCUGGAGGUGUAUAAUAUGCGCAAGGGGAGGGUAAAGUUGAUGGAUCAUUGGGCGCAUUUGGGAGGUGCGGCGGUGGGCGUGAGUGUGGGGACGGCGUUGAGGUGGGAGGAUUUGGUUGCGUGGUUGAAGAGCUGGGGAGGGGGUAGGGAGGAAGAUAGAGAUGUUGUGACUAGGGUUGAGGUAGAGGAGGUGACAGAGAAUAAAGAGGAGGGUUCAGUGUAGGGCCUCCGCCGUAAAUAUAGGAGGGUGCUGUAUGGAUACCUUGUAGGAUAUAGACACUCACAACUACGAUUAUCAGGAA